AUGGCGUCGCAGAGGAAACUCGCGGCGAGCGAUGGACGAGAACUAGCCCAACCAGGAAGCGAGGAAGCGAUGGGGCCGCGCAGAUCGCGCGACGCACGGAAAAAGGACCGAGACAGGGAUGAAUUCGGCAAGGCGUCCGCAAGAUACGAGGAUAGUCAUGGCGGCGCGAAGCAGGCUUACGGCAUUGCAGAGGCGGAGAGACGUGCGUGUGCGCUCUUCAGUCUCGAUCGCCUUUUGCGAGCUGAAGACGUCUCUGAAGCCUUUUCUCUCGUGGCUCCACGAGCGCAUCCGUACCGCGUGCCGGUCCCCUCUCAGUUGUCUUCCGGUCCCUCUCUCUCGCCUUCAUCUGGCUCAGAUGUCCCGCUUCCUUCGUCUGCAUCCUCUCGCUCCGUGGCUCGCGCUGGGUCACAUGGAGCAUUGUCUCCCCAUCCCGCUGCGUCCUCGCCUUCUGCCGAGCUGUCGCUGCAGCAGCGGUUUGCUGUAGCCCAGGAAGCGCUGACCGCGCUGCCGGGCGGGGCGGCUUUGUAUCUUUUUCUCCAUCUUCUUUCGCGGCAUAGUCCCUCGACGCUCGCCAAGACUGUCGCGUCGUGUGUGCGGAAGACCGAGCCAACGCUCGCGCCUCUCGUUCUCUUCCCUCUCCUGGGCUCGCCGCCAGCAACUUACUUCGAGGACGCGAUGAAGCGCCAGCUGCUUCACACCGCUUCCAUCUAUCUGCUGGUGCUGCAAAACACUGAAGGAUGUUUAGUCGUUCGGCAGAAACGCGCGUUGCCUCUUCUUCGAGCGGCGCUGCGGCUCGGCGUCGCAGGCCUCGCGCGGAAGCUCGUGCGCUUCGUGCUCGCGCUCCUGGUUGCCUAUCCGGCGCGGAAGAGGGCGGAAAACAGCGCGUGCGAGGCGACCGGGGAUCCGACUGAAAGUGCGAAGGCUCGGCAGGCGUCUGUGCAUGCGCUACGGGAAGGAAACUGCGAAGAGGAUAUCGUCGUGCCGUGGUCGGGAGCAGGAGGGGCCCCCGCACUGUGGGCUCCGCCGGCGCUGUUUCAGGAGCGAAGACGAAGCAGGUCGCACGCAGCGAGGAGUCGCGCAGAAGAGAAACCUGCGCGAGAAGGCGAGCAGCUCCACUCUCAAGUGGAAGAGGAGGAGGGCUCCCGAAGAGCCCAGAAAGCGAAGCACGGCCAGCGUGCGGAGGAACGCGCGGAGAGACAAGCCGACGCAAAAGCAGACGAAGAGAGGGCCAUCUUUCAGCUUUACCGAGAUGUUGUGGCAAUCGUUGAGGACUGUCUUUUGAGUUCGCUGGUUCAUCUGCAGUGGCUCCGCGUUUUUCAGUUGACAAGUGUCCUCGCGCUCGAUCUGCCUGCUUGGCUCUUUCGCCUCCGCCCUCAUAUCUGUCGCGUCUUUUCGCUUGACGGGCCGUGCGGAUUGCUUCCGUCUCCGGAGUCCGCCCCGGUGGUGUCGCCCUGUUGUUCGCACUCGCAGUGCCUAUUUCUGCAGGACGACCCAGCAGUGCCGUUUGAGCGCGUUGUCUUGUCGCUUGUAAGCCAGCUCGGUCUCAGCGCUCGGGGCUUCGCGUCUCGCUCGAUCUGGUCUGCCGCGCAGUGGCGAGCUUGCCUUCUGGGCUCUCGUUCGUUGCCGUCCCUCUGUCGUACGACGGAGAUGGGUCGCCUACACCAAGGCUCUCUUCUUGCGCGUACGUCUUCUCGCGCCUCGUCUCAUUUCGGGGUCGACGCGUCGCUUGCUAUUUCAGAUUCGGCAGAGGCGGCCCCGGCUCCGACUGCUUGUCGAGAGGGAACGGAUCUGCAGUCAGAAGAGGCUGACGCCCGAGUUCUUGCUGCGUCGCCUUCCGCAUGCGAGUGGAAGCGGGGCAGUUACGCAGCCGUCUCUGGGGCGUGGGUUCACCUGCCUAGCGUGAGGGGGCUCACUCCUUCGCCUGCUCCGGCCUCGCCGUUUCCGCCCCGACGUUUCGUCUACAGGGGUCGCCUCGCUAGCUCCUUUAGUCCGCGGACGAACGCGAGGGCGGGGGCGCCGUCGCCUCCGGCGGGGCUGCCACAGAGACUUGGGAGGCGGGUGCAGCCGAACUUCGUGUCGGGGAGCGAGGGCGAGUACAGUCUCAGGGCGGCGACGGAAAGUCUGACGGCUUUCUUUCUCCACGUCUUCGUCAGAGCCGACCUGCCUGUGCUGGCGUUGGCGCUCCUCGUGGCCGCAGGCGACCGCGAGGGAGUGAGGAGAAUUCUUUCUCUCUCGCCGUCGUUGCGACUGCGCAUUCAGAUGAAGCAAGAGGAAAGCAACGGGCGCGUCUCGGCUUCCGCGGACACGACCGCUCAGCAGCCGAGCAAGGCAGCGGCGCUAGAAAGCGGGCAUCCUGGAGGACGCAGUCGAGAAGACGCGAAGACUGCAGGAGGGGGUGCAGUGCGCAGGAAGCAAAACCGAGACGCCGGCGGGUGGGCAGCAAUGUCUCGCUCCUUGCGAGAGCUGCUUUUCGUCAUGGCUGAGCAAGCGGCAGAAAGCGGGGCGCCGACUGGAGAACGGAUAGAGCCACCUGCCGGGAGAAACGGUGAAAGAAUCCGUAAAACGUAA